GACGUAGCUACUCUUCUCCUUCGCAAGUUCACAGUUCGGGCUGUUGCUUCGGCAUUUUUGUGAAAACAGAUAACCAUGACUUCUAUUUGGGUUGGUUCUAGAGGAACAAUUCAGGAUUUUGCAGGAUUCAAUGCUUCAAAAGAUGCAGAGGCACUUAAAAAAGCAAUGGAAGGACUGGGCACAGAUGAAACAAAAGUGAUUGAGAUCCUGACAGGAAGAUCUAAUGCUCAACGGCAGCUGAUAGCUGCAGAGUACAAAGCUUACACUGGAAAGGAGCUGAAAGAUGCUUUGAAGGAAGAUACUUCAGGUGAUUUUGGGCUUGUCUUGCUUUAUCUGGUAACUCCCCCUGCAGAAUUUGACGCGGAACAAAUUAACCGAACCGUCAGAGGCGUGGGAACUAAUGAGACGGCGUUGAUUGAGAUCGUGGCUUCCCGAACCACCCAACAACUCAGAGCCGUAAUUCAGGCUUAUUAUACAAUUUAUAGGUCCAGCAUGAAUGAGGACGUCGGCUGGGACACAUCCGGAGACUUCAAAAGGACUCUGUUGGCCCUGCUCGAUGCCAAAAGAGAUGAAAAUCCAAAGGCCCAUGAAGAUGUAGCAAAGAGAGAUGCACAGAUCCUGUACACUGCUGGCGAGAAGAGGUGGGGAACGGAUGAAACCAAACUCAUUGAGGUUCUAAGCACCAGCAGCGUUGCUCAACUCAAACUCACAUUUGAGGAGUACAGAAAGCUUAGUGGGCACCGGAUGGAGGACAGUGUCCUGAAUGAAACAUCGGGCGAUUUUGCCGAACUCCUUUUGGCUGUCGUGAAAUGUAUAAAUAACGCCCCUGCCUUCUUUGCUGAAAAAGUGCACAAAUCCAUAAAGGGACCUGGAACUGAUGAAAUCACAUUGAGCAGAAUUCUAGUAUCCAGGUCAGAAAUUGAUCUUCUGGAUAUUCGCGAGGAAUAUAAGAAGCUCUACGGAGAGUCUCUGCAUUCUGCUAUUAGUUCGGACACUUCUGGGGAUUAUCGGCGCACGAUGCUGAAGAUUUGUGGUGGGGACGACUGAUGAGGCCAACUCAGGCUGACUGCUCCAGUUUCCGGUUGCUUUCACCAGUUCAUAGAGCUUUUAGAUAUUUAAGCAAGUGUGAGAAUUGCCACGCCUCUCUUCAGUUAUUUUUUUUUAAUUAGGUAUCAUAACAAACAGAUGUUUACUUUCCUACACACAGUAUCUUCAGGCACUUGAUGACACUGAUUUUAUCCCACACUGUGAUUUUGGAGUGAAAUCUGCACUCCAAAUUGCAGAGGCCAAUACUGUAUUCUGCCAGAAAUUUAAUGAACCCUGCAAAGUUGGAAGCUGGAAGCGGUUAAGAUGCAACACAGUGUUUUUGUGCACGUCCAGCGACUGUCUAGGAACAACUGUGUUUGAGCUGAGUUUUUCUUUUGCUAGUCUUGCUUUUCUUUUGCUAGUCUUGUGUUGUUUUGGCUGUCCAAAGUUCCAGCUUUACAAAAGGGGGUUACUGUAUCUUGCAUGCAACGCACAGCUACCUCAAAAGUGCUUUUUAUUUGUAUUAAAGAUCUGAAGUGCCUUAGGAAAAGAGAUAAAAUGCAUAGGGUUGGUUAAGAAAUAAUUUGA